CGUCGUAGUCCUCGUUUGUUAUCUUCCCCUUUCCCUUCCAUGCGGAUGGUCGUGGCGGUGAGUUCUGAAUCAUGAGCAAGGCGCUAACCAGGAACUGAAGCGAAUAAGUAGACUGGCCGAGUGUUCUUUGGAAAAUUCGACAGAAGUGAUUUGUCUGGCACUGUCAGGCAUCUAACUGACCAGUGAUAAAGCCAGUCUCACGCCAACCGUCUCAGCGAUUCCCUCGACCUGUACAUUAUCCUUGAUGCCGCCAGACGAGCAUCGCCGCUCCAUCCCAAUCAGCUGUAGGUUUGUCCCAUACGACCAGUGGCUGCUGACCCACGUUCAAAACGAUUGGAACGUAAAACAAGUAAAGCACUGGAUACUUUCUAAAUGUAACCUCGUGCGGGCACCCGACGUCCCAACGCAACGUUCAGUGUCGCCCAUCUUUUUUGCGUCGCCCUGUAGUCGAACCGGAUACACUCUGGGGCGGUGUGACGAGGCCGAAGAUGACCCAGAAUACAACAGCAUACAGCGUGACAAGGAGUCUCCUGGGCAAAUUUCUCGUCCUAGCAACAAGCUUGGAAAUAACCGCCUCGUCGAUCAAUAUGUCCUUAUAGCCUUCUCCACAGGCAGGGUACUCCAGAAUGAUGACACCAUGUCUUCUUGCAACCUGCGGCCGUACGAGCUAGUGGAGAUGCAUCGGUCUGACAUGGUCGUCCCAUUGCAUAGAAAGGUGGUAUUGGAGUACGUGCAGCCUUAUUUCCAUGCUAGAGUCAGAGCUCUUCUUGCCGCCUGGAGUCCCAAAGCUGGUCGUUUCAAGCCCCCAGGGAAGACGACAGAACACGAGCUUGGUGUCCACGGCAAGAAGAGGGAGAUUCCUAUCACACUAAGAUGGAAGCCAAAGUUGGAGUGGAAGGAUCGAUGGGUGGUCAUCCACAAAGACAUACUCUCUUUGUCUAAAGAUGAAUCGGGAGCUGCUCUUCGCCAUCAGUUCUCGCUUCCUACGCUGAAGGCUCUCCGGGGUGCCGACUCGCUCCAGCGGACUUGCGCCAUCGUCGGCGACCAGCGUGUUAUUUGCCUGAAAUUCCGGACGACUCGGUCCAUUACUCUUCCAAUGACAGCGCCUUCGACUACUAGCUCGGAAGGAUGGAAAACCGACGCCAGCAGGGCCACUUCGGACCAAGUCUCCUCAGGGUCUGAAAAAGCAACUGGGAAACGCAGGUUUAGAAAACCUCGGCAACCGUAUAACCCUGAUGACAUAUGUCGUGGGGAAGGAGAAUGGGUUGUUCUUGACAUGCUUGAUGAUUAUGCAUUUGCAAACAUGCUACGCGUUUUGCAUCGCUAUGCCCCUAAACCCGUAUCUUCGUCCUUCCUCCCUUCCUCAGCGCUAGGAAACUGCUGUCCCACAGUGCCGACGAUGUCAUCUCUAAAUGGGCGUUCGAGCAAAUCUAUUCCAUACCCUGAGUGGCGUGUUGACAUUGCAGAAACUGCACGAAAGGCUAGCAUAGAAGAUAUAACCAAACCCCUGUCGUGGGGCGUCAGAACCGAAAUAGAUUGCGCAAGUUUGCUUUCAGACAGCAGCGAUUCCAAGCAUCACGACAAAUCCUGGCAGGAUAUGUAUCACCAAAUUGGCGUCAUACCUGAUUGUUAUCGUACUGGAUCUGAACCGAUGGCUGAGUCGGUGUCAGAUGAGGCCGACUCGGAUUCGAAUUCUGUGAUGGAUAGCGAACUAGAAUGGGAAGGUUGGAUGAACGACUUAAAUCGCCAGACAUGCGCUGUGUCGGAGAAGGUGCACUCCCCAUCGAGCAUUUCGUCAUCUCUACCCUCCCUCCUAUCGGAAACGUCAUCCGCUCGCACAAGAGGGCGGAGUUGUCCAAUAAUAUUGCCCAAUCUUGGCGCUACACCUUCUUCUGUUCGGAGCUUCGACGAGCAGUCGUCCGGCCGCAUGUCACAAAAAACUGACUCCAGCGAAGUCUUACGGGAAGCCGCAGACGCAGCACACACCCUUGGGGCGUUAAAGACCAUCACAGUGCACACUGUUAGCCCUCGGGCACCCCCUUCCCCUCCUCGGCGUCGAUCACUGACGGUCAGUCCUGACGGUUCUGCAAAACUAACUCAAAACUUUGGCCAAUUCACCCGCGGACAGCCGUUAACUGUGUCAUCGGCAUAUGGAGCGCGUGCCAGUUUACGCACCUUAUCCGAUGUUGGCUUGCUGAAAGACUCGGCGGGCACAACUAUACGUCAUGCUCGUUCUAUAUCCAGCCUGCGCUCGCCGUCCUCACCCUGUUGCCCGGAUAUUUCUGAAGGCCUAACUUGUACUCCCUUGACACCGCCGUCACCCAAUACGCCGUCAAAACGUAAACAUUCAUUCUUGCGUGGUGCCGAGAAACUCAUCAGGGGACUCGAUUCCGCACUAGACAUCAGGGAUGUGAAGCCUGUAUAGUAUCUAUUGGAUUUAUCUGUUACAUUCGUCUUUCCAUUCACUAAUUGUAAGCUAACGCGCCAUUCCUUUGGCUAUGUACCUCUUUGUACAGUCAUGAGUCGACGUCCCUUCCCUUCCCUUUCGUUUCCCAUAUACUCCCUACACACUUUGGCUGCUAUUAG